AUGGAGCAUCAGGACUGGGAGGUGUUAUGUAUUGCUAUCACUAACCACACAAACGACGGAAACGGAGACCCAUUUCUUGGUUACAAACAAGCAAAAACCGGCUGCUAUGUUGCUACUUCUGUCCCUGAUUUCAUGGAUACUUUGCUUGACCCGUGGCGAAAUGUGAUUCAACGCGGAAGGGACACAACCUUAUUUUUUUUUGGCUGUGGAGCCAUCGUCAACGAGCCUGAAGGGUUUGGCGGUUUGCGUGCCUCUGUUGUCAGAUACCGGUUUUCAUCUGCAGUCGCAUUUACAGCCAAGCAUUUCCAUCCACCAUUCACCACUCACCUCAUGAUUAGUUUCACUCAGCUCAUCCUUGUCGAAGGUUUUCCACUGUGUGAAGCGUUCCCAAAUAUUCUUGAGCAAUCAGGAUUGGGCAUGCAUUCGGAUGUCAUUCUGAUGACUGCGACACCUGGGGAUGACGGCCCAACGGUGCCUCUACUGUGUACCCGUUACUCGUGGGCUCAUUCCGAUGCUCGUCCGUGGGGCAAUUCUCUUCCCGUGCAAUGUCCACAGUGCGGGUGCCCGACCCCGUGGAAGAGAACGUACGCAGAUUUCUCACUCAAAUACAUCGUUUUCCAGUGCACGUACAAAGGUUGUGGUCGCGUCAAUAAACAGGAGGACAAAUCUCCUCGCAAAAAGUACACCAUGACCUACAAGGCCCCGCCGGGGUCAUUACUACUUCCAGGGCGCAAACGAGGUGCCGCCUGGUUAGAGAUCCCCCUUGCAAAAUUCCCCGAGCCAGACCUGGAUGCAGUCACUGAUAUUUUGGAUACCGAGACCGUCUGA